AGCCCAAGGAAUGUGAACAUGGGCUCUGUCACUGGAGCGGUCCUCAAGACGCUACUUCUGCUCUCCACUCACAAUUGGAACAGAGUCCUGGCUGGGAAUUCCUAUGACUGUGAUGAACCCCUGGUGCCCGCUUUGCCCCAGGCAUCCUUCAGCAGUUCUUCUGAGCUCUCCAGCAGCCAUGGGCCUGGAUUUGCAAGGCUUAAUCGAAGGGAUGGAGCUGGUGGCUGGUCCCCGCUUGUGUCAAACAAAUACCAGUGGCUGCAGAUUGACCUUGGAGAGAGGAUGGAGGUCACUGCGGUGGCCACGCAAGGUGGAUAUGGGAGCUCCAACUGGGUGACCAGCUACCUCCUGAUGUUCAGUGACAGUGGCAGGAACUGGAAACAGUACCGACAGGAAGACAGCAUCUGGGGAUUUUCAGGAAACACAAAUGCAGACAGUGUUGUGUACUAUAGACUCCAGCCGUCUAUCAAAGCCAAGUUUCUCCGCUUCAUCCCUUUGGAGUGGAACCCCAAGGGCAGAAUUGGAAUGCGAAUCGAGGUGUUUGGAUGUGCAUACAGAUCAGAAGUGGUUGACCUUGAUGGGAAAAGUUCCCUUCUCUACAGAUUUGAUAAAAUAUCGAUGAGCCCAAUAAAAGAUACUAUUUCACUGAAAUUCAAAACCAUGCAGAGUGAUGGGGUUCUGCUCCACAGAGAAGGGCAAAAUGGAGACCACAUCACACUGGAAUUAAGAAGAGGAAGACUUUUUUUACUUAUUAAUUCAGGUGAUGCCAAGCCUCCCUCUGCCCACGCCCCGGUCAGCCUCACCCUGGGCAGCCUUCUGGACGACCAGCACUGGCACUCGGUGCUGAUCCAGCGCCUGGGCAAGCAGGUCAACUUCACGGUGGACGAGCACAGACAGCGUUUUCACACACAGGGGGACUUCAAUUACCUGGAUCUUGAUUAUGAGAUCAGCUUUGGAGGGAUUCCAGCACCUGGCAAAUCAGCAUCCUUCCCACAGAACAAUUUUCAUGGGUGUUUAGAAAAUCUCUACUACAACGGAGUGGAUAUCAUUGAUUUGGCUAAACAACACAGCCCACACAUCACCAUCAUGGGGAACGUGUCCUUUUCUUGUUCACAACCGCAGUCAGUACCCGUGACCUUUCUGAGCACCAAGAGCUACUUAGCCCUGCCGGCCACCUCCUCAGAGGACGAGGUUUCUGCCGCUUUUCAGUUCCGCACUUGGAAUACGCUGGGCCUGUUGCUCUCCGUGGAACUUCCAGUUGACUCCGGUGGUCUCCUCCUCUUUCUUCAUAACGGAAAACUCAGACUGACCCUCCAGCAGCCGGGAAGACCCGCCAGCGACAUCACUGCAGGUUCUGGCGUAAAUGAUGGACAGUGGCAUUCUGUCUCCUUAUCUGCUAAGAGGAACCACCUGAGUCUGAUGGUAGAUGGCCACGUGGCCUCAGCUGCUCCUUCCCUGGGUCCUCAGCAGAUUUACUCAGGAGACACCUACUACUUUGGAGGUUGUUCUGACAACAGCUUUGGAUCCAAAUGUCAAAGUUCACUUGAUGGAUUCCAGGGCUGUCUGAGGCUCAUUUCUAUCAGUAACAGAGUGGUGGACCUGAUCUCUGUUCAGCAGGGGGCCCUUGGGAACUUCAGUGACCUUCAGAUAGACUCGUGUGGCAUCACAGAUAGGUGUUUGCCCAACUACUGCGAGCAUGGUGGCGUGUGCUCCCAGUCCUGGAACGCCUUCCACUGUGACUGCACCAGUACAGGCUACCGGGGAGCCACCUGCCACAACUCUAUCUAUGAGCAGUCAUGUGAAGCCUAUAAACACAGCGGAAAUACUUCAGGGUUUUACUAUAUAGACUCAGAUGGAAGUGGUCCCCUGGGGCCAUUUCUUGCAUAUUGCAACAUGACCGACACGGCAUGGACCGUUAUCCAACACAACGGUUCUGACUUAGCCAGAGUUCGAAGCGCUCAUCCUGACAGCCCUUAUGCUGGGUUUUUCGAGUAUGGGGCCAGCAUGGAGCAACUCCAGGCCACCGUCAACCUGGCAGAACACUGCGAACAGGAGCUCACUUACUACUGCAAGAAGUCCCGGCUGGUAAAUAACCAAGAUGGAAGCCCUCUCAGCUGGUGGGUUGGAAGAACCAAUGAAAUGCAAACUUACUGGGGAGGUUCUUUGCCUGAUCCAAAAAAAUGUACUUGUGGACUGGAAGGGAACUGCAUUGAUUCUCAAUAUCACUGCAACUGUGAUGCUGACCGGAAUGAAUGGACCAAUGACACUGGAUUCCUUUCUUACAAAGAACAUCUGCCAGUGACUAAGAUUGUGAUUACAGAUGCUGGUCGACCACAGUCAGAGGCAGCUUAUAAACUGGGCCCCCUGCUCUGCCGGGGAGACAGGUCAUUUUGGAAUUCUGCUUCCUUCAAUACUGAAGCCUCCUACCUUCAUUUCCCUACAUUCCACGGAGAGCUCAGCGCCGACGUGUCUUUCUUUUUUAAGACAACAGCUUCAUCUGGAGUGUUUUUGGAGAACCUGGGGAUUACUGACUUUAUACGCAUCGAGCUACGCUCUCCGGCAGAAGUGACCUUUUCCUUUGACGUGGGGAACGGGCCUUUGGAAAUCUCGGUGCAGUCGCCCACACGUUUCAACGACAACCAGUGGCACCACGUUCGAGUCGAAAGGAACGUGAAGGAGGCGUCCAUCCAGGUGGAUCGGCUCCUGCAGAGGACCCAGCCAGCCCCAGCUGACGGGCACGCACUGCUGCAGCUCAACAGCCAGCUCUUCGUGGGUGGGACGGCCACCAGACAGAGAGGCUUCCUGGGGUGCAUCAGGUCUCUGCAGCUGAACGGGCUGGCCCUGGAUCUUGAGGCGAGAGCCAAGGUGACCCCAGGCGUGGAGCCUGGCUGCAGAGGGCACUGUGGCAGCUACGGGAAGCUGUGUCGCCAUGGAGGGAGGUGCAGGGAGAAGCCCAGCGGGUUCUCUUGUGACUGCACCUUGUCUGCCUACACUGGGCCCUUCUGCUCAAAUGAGAUUUCUGCCUAUUUUGGAUCUGGCUCGUCUGUAGUUUACAAUUUUCAGGAAAAUUAUCCCUUAAGUAAAAACUCCAGCUUCCACGCCGCUUCAUUUCAUGGCGAUAUGAAGCUGAGCAGAGAAAUGAUCAAACUGAGCUUUCGGACAACGCGGACGCCCAGCCUGCUUCUCUACAUGAGCUCCUUCUCUAAAGAAUACCUUUCUGUCAUAAUCGCCAAGAACGGAAGUUUGCAGAUCAGGUACAAGCUGAAUAGAAAUCAAGAUCCUGAUGUUGUUAAUUUUGAUUUUAAAAGUAUGGCGGAUGGACAACUUCAUCACAUAAAGAUUAACAGAGAAGAAGGAGAGGUGUUUGUAGAGGUUGACGAGAAUGCAAGGAGACAAGUCCACCUGGCGUCAGGUACAGAAUUCAGUGCAGUCAAAUCCCUGGUACUGGGCAGGAUUGUAGAACACAGUGAUGUAGACCAGGAGACGGCGCUGGCUGGUGCACAGGGCUUCAUGGGCUGCCUCUCCGCUGUGCAGCUCAGCCACGUGGCCCCCCUGAAAGCUGCGCUGCACCCCAGCCACCCAGGACCCAUCACUGUCAAGGGUCAUGUGACUGAAUCCAGCUGUGCAGCCCAGACGGGCACUGACGUCACCGCAAGGGAAAGGACCCACUCCUUCACAGAUCAUUCUGGAACAAUAGAGGACAGAGAGCCCAUAGCUAAUGCGAUCAGAAGCGACUCUGCAGUCAUUGGAGGUCUGAUCGCUGUUGUGAUCUUUAUCUUGCUUUGCAUCACUGCCAUAGCCAUUCGCAUUUAUCAGCAGAAAAGGUUAUACAAAAGAAAUGAGGCAAAGAGGUCAGAGAACGUAGACAGUGCUGAGGCGGCCCUGAAAAGCGAGCUUAAUAUACAGAACACAAUCAAUGAAAAUCAGAAAGAGUACUUCUUCUGA